AUGCGGGCGCUUGGCCGGCAACGGGGAAUCCCGGUGAGAGCAGGAGAGCGACGUCCAGGCCGAAGGAGAGCGCACCAGAACGCAGACGGUUCACGUCAGCAGGAGGCUGGAGCCCAAAUACUGAUCAAGAUGACUGCUGCUCCUUUCUAUCACAUCAACACGUCAGACGCCACUGGAAGGAACGUCUCUUUGAAUGAUGGCGACGAUGAGUAUGAAUAUGAGGACAAGUAUGCUGAGCUGAGACAGUCUCUCAACAUCAUGUCUCUCAUUGUUUACUGCCUGGCCUUUGUUCUUGGUGUGCUCGGCAACGGUGUGGUUAUCUGGGUGACCGGCUUCAAGAUGAAGAAAACAGUUAACACGGUUUGGUUCCUCAACCUCGCUGUGGCCGACUUCCUCUUCACAGUGUUUCUGCCCCUGAGUAUCACCUACACAGCUCUGGAUUUCCACUGGCCUUUUGGCAAAUUCAUGUGCAAACUGAGCCCCACAAUAAGCUUUCUUAACAUGUAUGCCAGUGUCUACAUUCUGGUGGUGAUCAGUGUGGACAGAUGUGUGUCUGUGGUGUGGCCCGUCUGGGCCCAGAACUACCGAAGUGUACGCAAGGCGUCCUUUGUGAGUCUGGGGGUUUGGGUCGUGGCUCUGAUACUCAGCACUCCAUCCUUCAUCUUCAUGGACACUGGGCCAUCUUAUAACGAUAACGAUGUCAUCAACUGCUACAACAACUAUGCUCUUUCUGACGAUUACAAGAACGAGUCUGUGAUUCAGCUGGGACUGCUUCGUCAAAAGGCCAUGACCAUCACCAACUUCCUCCUGGGAUUUGUUGUCCCCUUCACUGUCAUUGUCUCCUGUUAUGCUGUCAUAAUCCAUCACAUCAGAAGAAACCGCACCCUGGCCAGCCACUCAAGACGCUCCUUCAAGAUCAUCGCUGCUGUUAUCACUGCUUUCUUCCUGUGCUGGGCUCCUUAUCACAUUAUUGAUUUACUAGAUUUGGCAAAUUCUCUACUUUCUGUUCGAAGUGAGACAUUAGACCAUGUCACCACCUUUGGAAUCCCUAUAGCCAGCGGCCUGGCCUUUCUCAACAGCUGCCUGAACCCACUGCUGUAUGUGUUUAUGGGACAAGAUUUCAAGGAUAUAGUGCGCAAAUCCAUCUUGAAUGUUUUGGAGACUGCCUUCAAGGAUGAGGUGUUUGGUCGUAACACUGGAAAAAAGUCAAUUGUUGCCCCGUAAUGCUGAAGUAUAAGGUUUCCUAUGACAUGAAGGAAAGAAUUCUGAAACUGUGGUUAAAUAAAUUGAGGUAUCAAAGUUCUUUUUUGGUAUUUUUGUAAAACUCUUAAGACAUUUGUAAAGGUUAUUCAAGACUGAAGCCCUUCUGCCUCAUAUGGAUUGAUUUGUGUAAUUUGACUAUGGUUGGUUCACUGAUCAGGUGUCAGGUUGAUAACGUGUUGAGUUACAACAGGGCCUUCAGUCUGUAACUAAAGGGAAUUUCCUGUAAUGAACCUAGCAGUUCUUUCAAUAGGUGUUACAUUAUGAUGAUUACUUAGUUGUAACAUGGUAACAAAAAAAUAAGGUUUAGCAUGAUCAUUUGAACUUUCAUUUUUCGAUCUGUCACCCACAAUGUGAAAUACAUUUUGAUUACU